GUCCACGCCGGCCACCUGCUGAGAUGUCGUCCAGGCCCGCCGCCAACCGCAUGACCCUCCAGACCUACAAGGGUCGACUGGGCGGCGCCUCCAAGGGCUUCAAGCUGCUGAAGAAGAAGCGCGACGCCAUGAAGGCGAAGUUCAUGGGCCUGCUCAAGGAGAUCGUCGACACCAAGAUGACGGUGGGCAAAGGUUUGCAGGAUCGGGGACGCGGCGUUCUCCCUGGCGAAGGCGAAUUGGGCCAUGGCCGGCGACGACUUCAACUCGACCGUGGUGGAGAGGACGAUGAAGCCGACCGUGCAGGAUUCGCGGGUUCAGAGGAUGAUUCCAGGCGCUGGCGUGUCCAUCCCUAA